AUGGGAAGGGCCGUAAAAUCCACUCCCUUGAACCAAAAUGGAGAAAUGACAUAUGGUUGGGACGGGGUGUCACUGGAAGGCGGGCUAGUUAACGUCAGUCCUGACGGUAACACGACUACAAGCUCACUUUCAUUUACACCAACCUCUGCAGAUCAUGGCCUAAUAUUAACUUGUAAAGCAUCUAACCAGAGGAUACCUUUCAGUGAACAAGCUCGAACGUGGAUGCUUGGAGUCCUUUACCCACCCAAAGUGACGUUAACUCUAGGUCAUGGUUUGAACGGAAAUAAUAUUAAAGAGGGCGAAGAUGUCUACUUUGAAUGUCACUUGAUAGCAAAUCCAUGGGUUUACCGAGUAUGGUGGUUGCGUGACGGCGAAAGACUUUUAAGCAAUACAACUGGAGGCGUUAUAGUUAGUAACCAAACUUUGGUUUUACAGGGUGUCACACGUUAUAGUUCCGGUCGUUAUUGCUGCGAAGCUACCAACAAGGAGGGAACAGCAAGAAGUCCAAUAUUUCAUCUUCGGGUGAAAUUUGAACCAAUAUGUGGAGAAGGUACUAGAAAAAUCUUGGGAGCUGCGAAAGACGAACCCCUUAAAGUGGAAUGCAAGGUCGACGCGGAGCCCAUGGCAACGACGUUCCGUUGGAGUUUCAACAGCACCCCGGGGGUUUUCCGGGAGCUCACGGACUUCAAGACCGACACCGGAGGUACCAGCGUGCUGACGUACGUGCCUAGGGUAGCAGCGGACUACGGCACUUUACAGUGCUGGGGUCAUAAUGACAUCGGAUCUCAAGCUUCCCCCUGUACAUUUCACAUAACUCCAGCCAGUAGACCUGAUCCCCCAUAUGAGUGUAUCAUUGCCAACGUUAGUCAUCACUCCGCAACGAUAAGUUGUAAAAAAGGAUUUGAUGGAGGACUACGGCAGAAGUACGUGCUCACCCUGACUGCCGGUGAUAUUUUUAUCGCCAAUUUUACUGCCUUAGUAUCACCGGAUUUUAACAUAUCACACCUGGAAGCCGCUCAUGAUUACGUAGCCACUGUACAUUCCUUGAAUACGAAAGGGGUAUCGAAAAAUACACCCUUAAUUAUUUUUAGAACCCUUCCUGCUCCCGGACUAAGAGAACAACGACGUUCUACAGAACCAACUGAUGGAGCACUUAGAGCAUCGACUGGUCCAUGGCUGUACAUAUUGCUAGCUGCAGGGUCAACUUUUAUGAUAGCAGCAGCCGUAGGAGCAAUAAUAUAUGCUAUAAGAAAAUUUAAGGUUGAUAGUCCUGUUCGAAACCCCCGUGUAAGAAGUCCUAAGAUUGAAGAGAGUCCUUUAACUGCUCAUGUACAGCCCCUUUACACUGACACAGUGUCAGAUGAUAACAAUCCGGAUUUAAUUCCUGAUGCGCCAAACAGUGAAGCUCUGCUUGACGCAUCUCUCACCCCGUAUACGAUUACGGCCCGCCCCUCGAGUAAGCGAAACUGCGCUACUCAAAUGCCCGUGAAGCCCUACCACGUAACGUGGGCCCCCAUUCUACAGUCGCGAAACUGUUCUACCCAAACCCCACCGCCGCACAAGGAGAGCUCAGUCUAGUCUUCGGAGACUCCCCCGGGAUCCGGUCAGUGUCCCAGGGGAGAGAAGACCCCAGGAGUUGUAGCACAAGGUUUUUGGGGCCCAGGGUGUAUUUUUAUCGUUGAUGGCCCUACUAGUCGGACAGGCGACGGGCCUUGUCUCCCCAAUCAGAAGUCUCGGCACCGGGACCAAUACCACCUGUGAUAUUUGUGAAUAUCUCAUAUUUUUAAGUAUUACUAAUUGUAACAUUUAUCAAGAAACUCGACGUUUUAAGCUGUUAUUUAUUUGAUUGUCAAUAAAAUAUCAUUACACGUG